AUGGUGGUACGGAUCAGCACCCAGCAUCCCAAGACCGUUGUAUCAGUAUCUUUACUAACCGAACAGCACCACGCCGACGCGUCCAACUUCGACGACGGCCUCAGCAAAGAGGAGGCCUAUGAGCAGGUCUUGCUUCAGGCCGAGGGCCUGUUUGACGGCCAACGCAACUGGAGACACAGCAAUUUGGCCAAUACUGCGUCGCUGCUAUGGCAUGCAUUCAAGUCUUUAGGUGAGCCCAGUAACCAGGUCAACUGGUCAGGCUUCUACCUGAUCGAUACCGCACGCAAGGAACGGGACGAGCUGAUUCUGGGCCCCUUCCACGGCAAGGUCGCCUGCCAGACCAUCGCUCUGGGUCGCGGUGUUUGCGGCACCUCGGCCGCCGAGAAGAAGACCGUGCUGGUUAAAGACGUCGAGGCAUUUCCCGGCCAUAUCGCUUGCGACAGCGAAAGCCGCAGUGAGAUUGUGGUGCCGAUUGUCGUGGGCAGCAGCGAGUCACGAAAAUUGGUGGGCAUCAUCGAUAUUGACUGUGCCGUGCUCAACGGUUUCGACGAGGUCGACCAAGCCUACCUCGAGAAGCUCGCAGCACUACUCGCAAAUAGCUGCGACUGGCCAUAA